AUGGGCAUCACAGACCAGGACAAAGUCCACCUCCGCCAGUGCGUCGACCUCGCCCGACAAGCCGUCGACGCCGGCGACAGCCCCUUUGGCUCCGUCCUCGUCGACGCCUCCGGCCAAGUCCGCUACACCGACCGCAACCGCAUCAACACCAAAGCCGACAUAACGUGGCAUCCCGAGUUCACCAUCGUCCUCUGGGCCCAGACCCACAUGACCCCCGAGGAGCGCGCCGGCGCCACCGUCUACACCUCGGGCGAGCACUGCCAAAUGUGUUCCACCGCCCACGGGUUCGCGGGGUUGGGCCGCAUCGUCUUUGCGUCGUCGUCGGCGCAGCUCAAGGCGUGGAGGGAAGAGCUUGGGGUGCGGGGCUCGGGCGUGGCGAGCUUCUCGGUGAGGGAUGUGCUUCCGGGAUGGACGGUGGAUGGGCCGGACGAGGAGCUGGCGCAGGAGGUCAAGCAGUUGCAUGUGAAGGCGAACAAGGCGGGGUCUGCCUAG